AUGUCAACAACAGAGCCCCAAUCCUACACCCCCACCCUCCCCCCAACCGCCACCCUCCACACAACCUCCACCCUCCACAUCUCCCUAACCCCUUUCCCCCUCUCCCCCUCAACCCUAACCACCUUCGUCCACUCCCCCCACGCCGGCGCAACCGUCCUCUUCAUCGGCAGCACACGCUCCACCUUCGCCUCCCGCCCCGUCGCCUCCCUAUCAUACACUUCCUACAUCCCCCUCGCGCUCGCCACACUAGUGCGUAUCGGCGAGGCGAUGGUGGCGAAACACGGGUUGAUCAAGUUGGCGAUUGAGCAUCGGUUGGGGGAGUGUAAGGUGGGGGUUGAGAGCGUGGUUAUUGCGGUUAGUGCGCCGCAUAGGGGCGCGGCGUGGAGGGCGGGGGAGGAGUGUCUUGAGGAGGUUAAGAGUAAGGCGGAGAUUUGGAAACUGGAGCGGUUUGAGGGGGGGGAGGGGGUUUGGAGGAGUAAUAGGGAUGGGGGGGUGGGGGUUAGGGUUGAGGAGGGGGAGAAAGAGGAGAAAGAGGGGGAGGGAGAGGUUGGGGGGGAGACUGGGAAGAUUGAGGGAGGGAGUGGGAAGGGUGGUGAGGGGGAGAAAGUUUGA